UCAGAUAACAGCUCGCAUUCCGUCAGUACGAUCUAAUAUUUCAUACGACACUCACAUCAAGAAAAAAACAGUGUCUGCAAAGGGAUGUGUUGAUUUUAAUUUGUUUUCAGUGGUAUUGUUUUUCGUGUCUAAUCAAGAAUGGAUUGAACAUUGACAACGAAAGCCUUAAAGAAAUUCUGGUUGGAUCGUGAAACAAUCCAGAUGCAGCAUAGGUGGGGCGCGGGGCUCACCAGUUGAUCGAUGGCAGGGGGCAAAUGGAGCGCCUUAGGGCGCGCGUUGGCUAGAAAGCGGGUCUUCGAGCCCGAUCAGCUAGAAGUCAGCAACUUAAGAAGAUGUCUGACGAUAUGGGACCUGACGGCAUUGGGUGUGGGCAGCACUCUGGGCGUGGGCGUAUAUGUGCUGGUGGGCUCCGUAGCGCUGCACUUCGCCGGACCCUCUAUUAUACUAUCGUUUUUAAUAGCAGCCGUGGCUUCAUUUUUUGCAGGAAUGUGCUACGCGGAGUUUGGUUCCCGCGUACCGAAGGCCGGCUCUGCCUACAUUUAUACUUACGUAGCAGUCGGGGAGUUCGUAGCGUUCAUCAUAGGCUGGAAUAUGAUACUUGAAGGUGUUUUUGGCACGGCGAGCGUGGCUCGGGGCCUAAGCUUAUAUCUGGACUCGAUGACCAACAAGUCGAUGUCGGGCUGGUUGCUGCAAGCUGCGCCUAUCUACUCGCCACAAUUCUCACCUUACUUUGAUUUAUUCUCGUUCCUUGUUGUACUCGUGCUCGGAGCGGUGCUGUCGCUGGGCGCGCGCGAGUCCUCCGCAGUCAACAAGGUGCUGGCCGCCUCCAACAUGCUCGUCAUACUGUUUAUCGUCAUCGCCGGUGCUUUUAAAGCGGACUCCCGCAACUGGUCAAUCCCGGGCAGCGAAGUGCCAGAGGGUCACGGCAGCGGGGGAUUCUUCCCAUACGGCGCUGGGGGUACACUACGCGGCGCUGCUGUCUGCUUCUACGGUUUUGUGGGCUUUGACACCAUCAACUCAACUGGUGAGGAGGUGCGGGAGCCGCGGCGUGCGAUCCCGAUAGCAAUCCUGACGGUACUGAGCAUUGUGUUUGUGGCCUACGCCAGCGUGUCUGUCGUCAUCACUAUGAUGGUACCCUACUACCUGCAGGACACUGUAGCAUCAGUGGCAACGGCUUUCACAUUCGUGGGCUGGGACUGGGCGCGCUGGGUGGUCUCUGUUGGCGCCGUUUUUGGCAUCUCUGCGAGUCUCUUCGGGUCCAUGUUUCCGCUGCCCCGACUUCUAUACUCGAUGGCAUCGGACGGACUACUGUGCCACUGGUUGGCACACAUCACCAGCAAGAGAAAGUCACCGGUCCUAGCUACAAUACUACCUACAUGCGUUAUAGCCGUGUUAGCCGCGAUCGUGGAGCUGGAGCAGCUGGUGAUGAUGAUGUGCAUUGGAACAUUGCUCUCAUACACCAUCGUCGCCGCCUGCGUUAUAUUGCUAAGGUAUCGUCCAACGCCUUUACACAACGAGGAAGAUGCUGUCCGUAGUGGUUGCUGUAACAGAAAGUCGACCUUAUGCACGUCACGACUCGUCAACACCACUUUAAUUUUAUAUAUUUGCAUUUGCCUGUCGACCGCACUUGUGGGUAGCUACGUGGCUGAGCCGCUCGUGCCUAUUCUAGUGCUACAUGGUGUAGGCCUGGCCCUGAUGGUUGUCAUCAUAAUGCAACCGCAGGCGAACGAGGAUCUACCAUUUAAGACUCCUCUAGUACCAGUAGUGCCCUGUCUCAGCAUAUAUGCCAACAUACAUCUUAUGAUCCUCAUCAAUGUACAGACUUGGAUUCGAGUCAUCAUCUGGAUUGCAAUUGGUAUUCCAGUGUAUUUCAUAUGUACCUGCUACUAUAAAAAAAUGGGUAGGCGUAAUUCGAGUGAAGAUAAACCACCGACACAAUUAAACAAGAACGGCGGGCCUCCUGUGAAGAUAAUCAUCGAAACCCCAACACCUCCUAAUACUAUUAAAAUCAGUAGUAGCCGAGGAGGAGAUUUAAGUAUUAGUUCGACUAUUAAAAGCAGCGUAGUGGGAACACCAGUAGAACAAAAAGUCGUCAGAAAUUAUAUACCCUUUGUUACGGAAGAGAUAAUUGUUAAACAAGCAAUCGUAGAGGAUAAUGAUGAGAAGGAAGCGAAAAUCAUAGAUUUAUUGGAUCAAGUGCUACAAGCUGAAGAAGAUUCGUAUGAAGAAAUUAUUACUUUACAGGAGCCACAAAGUGAAGAGAAAGAUAAUGAUACAGCAAUGACAGUGGAUGUGCAUAGAAAGUCUUUAAGUGAACUGUCUGACGCAGGAUCGGACGCAUCAUUGGGUAAUCAGGUAUUAUCUAAAUAUGAUGUUAUAGCGCUAGUGCAUAGAGAAGAUUUACCAAAGCUCACUGAAGAGGAGGAGAAAAAUGAAAGAGAUGACAUCGACCAAAAUGAUGAUUACGAAUAUAUUACAGAGUUUAAUGAAAGUGAAACGAAUUCCCGAACAGAUGAGUCCGGAUACUCUGAUACAUUGGAUAAAAAUACAUUUAGCGAGUCAGUUGAAGAUAACAGGAUACAGGCGCCAGUGAUACCGGUUCCACCACCUAUGGAUGAAAAUCUUUUUUCAAAUCCAACUUUCAAAAAAUCUUACACAAUAUCAUCGAGACCAUCAAAGACGCGUCUAUUUCCUGAACCUCCGAAAGAAAAUCCCCGAUUGAGUAUACAAUCCAACGGUUCGAUUGAUGAUAGCCCUAUGGUUUUCGGUAGCGAUAAGCAAAUGAAUUUUAUGUCCAAGUUAAACACUAUAUUUCAGACGAAAAUGUCUUCGUUUAAUAAUGGCGAAGAGCUAAGGAAAAGAUCUCAUUCGGCUGGAAAUUUAGCAGAUAAUGCAGAAUAUUCCUUGAGGCAAGAACGGCCUCCAAUUUACUAUGAUUUGAAAAAAGAAAUAGAGGCUAGAAACUUGAAGGAGGAGGAGGAGCCGAAGAAAACCGCACAAGGUUUAGUGGAAGGUAAAAAAGAACCAAACAAAAAUGUCUCCGAUUCAGAUGAUGACGAAGAUAUGAGUUUGAGCAGAGAAGAUUUAAAGUCAAAGUUGGAGAGUAUUUUCGCAGCCGGCGGUCCUAGGUUAGUGAAGCCUAGAGUAAUGGAAUCCAAUCCGCCGACACCCGAGGAACCAUAUUCCUGGAGUGCGGAAAACAUAUCUAGAAUUCCUAAAGUAGAAAAAAAUGACACAUUAAAGAGACAGAAAGCAAAAUUUAACGAAGUGUUAAACUCGAUUCGGUUAAGUAUAAAUAAAUCCGAUAAUGUUUAAUUUAUAAGGU